CGAUCCUCGAUUUUUGAGGCGCGUAUAAAAGCUUGGCUACGUCGGCAACGAAAGCUCAUUGUGCGCUCGCCACUCGUGAUUAUAAGGUAACGUCGAUCGGACGGACGAACGGGCUAACCAUUCAGCAAGUUAGCUCAGCAGCAAGUUUGCCCGCCAAAAGAAAACACGUAUACGUAGUGUUGCAACCAGAAAGGUGCUCGACGUGCCUACUGAUCCACUGAUCUAUUGAGAAUUGUGAUCCUAGAACGACACUAAAAUGAGUUCAAAGUUGCAUAUGUGCCGCUGGAUGCUGCUGGUCAUCGGAGUCUGCUGCCUGAUGGGCAGCUCGUCGGGCAGCUUCUGCUCCCUGGAGCGGAUGAAGAAGUUCGCGAUGGAGGCGUGCGAGCAUCUCUUCCAGGCGGACGAGGGUGCCCGCCGCGAUAGAAGGUCCAUCGAGUACGCACACCACCAUCUGAAUCGACUUGGAUCCGGCAAAACGCACAACAAGCACCACUACAUCAGCCGAAGCAGCUAUCCAAUGGGUGGCUACCUGAAGGUGACCCGGGAGCACUUCAAUCGCCUCAGCGAACUGGACAUCUUUCCGCGCUACAAGCCCAUCAAGCCGCACCACGAGAAGAAGCAUCGCUUCAAGAGGGAUCACUCGAGCAGGUCCUACAACAACAUCCCCUACUGCUGUCUAAACCAGUGCGAGGAGGAGUUCUUCUGCUAAGAGAUCUCCAGUGCCAUGCUCCAUGCUCCAAGUCGGUGCCAUCUGGUCAGAAUCUUCUGAAUCCGUCCAUAGUUAUAGUUAGGCUAUUCAUGUACAUUCUACAAGUCGCGCUCACUCUUAUAGAGUACCUUAUUUGUGCCCACUCCCAGGGACACAGAUCCAUUUACAGUAUUUAUACACUUAGAUCGAUUUUGAAUAAACAAUCGAAUACGGCAAUUGAUCG